GAAGGGCGUGGCUGCGGCUGCUAAACGGCAGCAGUAGCGUUCCUUCCAGUCGCUGGGCUGUAGGUAUCACGGGCAGGACGGCUGCUCCCGGCGCGCGGAAGGGACUGCUGGCCUCGCCGUGGGACUCGAGGCGAGGGUGAGGAGGCCGAGGCGGGACAGUGAAGUGCCGAGAGGGAAAGUCCCUGCGCGAAACGAGCGCGCCCAGAAAAGGCGCCCCUCCCUCCACUGCCGUGUCGCGAAGUGAGUGUGGGAGGAAGACUUCGCCACCAGGAAUCGUGGCUUCAUCGUCCUUCCCGCCAAGAAGGGAAGUCAUCGUUCCUGCCCCGAGACUGCCGCGGCGCCGCUGGGCGAGGCCACGCCUGCUGUGGCCUCUCUCGCUUCUGACGUGGAAGCCUACCUACAUAAUAAAAGAAAUUUCGAGCCAAAUAUUGGAAGAGAUGUCAGAGGAUUCAGAAAAGGAAGACUAUUCAGACAGAACAAUCAGUGAAGAUGAAUCAGAUGAGGAUACCUUUAUGAAGUUUGUAAAUGAAGACAUCCAUCAGUGUGCACUUUUAACAGAUUGGACCCCUUCUAAUACUGAGCGAAUGUACAUCCCAACAGGCCUGGAUAUAGAAACCCUUUAUCCAAGCUCCAAGGAAGAUCCUGUGGUUCACCUAGCUGAAGAUGCCUACAAAGAGCCUUGUUUUGUGUAUUCCCAAGUUGGGGGCAACCGAACACCCUUGAAGCAGCCUGUGAAUAACUGUGAUGAUACUUUGAUGUUUGAAGCAAGGUUUGAGAGUGGUAAUCUACAGAAGGUAGUCAAAGUGGUAGAAUAUGAAUACCAGCUGACUGUGCGCCCUGACCUGUUCACAAAUAAACACACCCAGUGGUCCUAUUUCCAAGUCACUAGUACCCAAGCAGGAAUAGUCUACAGAUUCACUAUUGUCAAUUUCACCAAGCCUGCUAGUCUUUAUAAUCAGGGUAUGCACCCACUGUUUUAUUCUGAAAACGAGGCCAAUGCUCAUAAUAUUGGCUGGCAGAGAAUAGGAGACCAAAUGAAGUAUUAUAGAAACAACCAGGGGCAAGAUGGGCGCCAUUAUUUCUUUCUUACAUGGACAUUUCAAUUUCCACACAAUAAAGAUACCUGCUACUUUGCUCACUGCUAUCCAUACACUUACACAAACCUGCAAGAAUACCUUUCUAGCAUCAAUAAUGACCCAGUACAGUCAAAGCUUUGUAAAAUACGUGUCUUGUGCCACACAAUUACUAGGAACAUGGUGUAUGUUUUAACGAUUACUACCCCCUUGAAGAACAGUGAGUCAAGAAAGCGAAAGGCCAUGAUUUUGACUGCAGGGGUACAUCCAGGAGAAACCAACAGCUCUUGGAUCAUGAAGGGCUUCCUUGAUUAUAUUUUAGGAGACUCAAGUGAUGCACAGUUGCUCCGGGACACUUUCAUCUUCAAGGUGGUACCCAUGCUGAAUCCAGAUGGUGUGAUUGUGGGAAAUUAUCGGUGUUCCUUAGCUGGAUGGGAUUUAAACUGUAACUAUACAUCUCUCCUGAAAGAAUCAUUUCCUUCUGUUUGGUAUAGCCAGAACAUGAUCUGUAGAUUGAUGGAGAAACGAGAGGUUAUUUUGUAUUGUGACCUUCAUGGCCAUAGUAAGAAAGAGAACAUCUUCAUGUAUGGCUGUGAUGAUAGUGAUAGAUGUAAAGCACUAUACUAACAGCAACGAAUCUUUCCACUUAGGCUGAGCAAAAAUUGUCCAGAUACAUUUUCAUUCUCAGCUUGCAAGUUUAAUAUUCAGAAGAGCAAAGAGGGAAUAGGAAGAGUGGUAAUGUGGAAAAUGGGAAUCAGGAACAGCUUUACCAUGGAGGCCACUUUUUGUGGAUCCACUCUGGGUAAUAAAAGAGGCACUCAUUUCAACACAAAAGACUUGGAGUCGAUGGGAUAUCAUUUUUGUGAUUCUCUCUUGGACAACUGUGAUCCAAACCGAACCAAGUAUUAUCAGUGCCUGAAAGAAUUAGAAGAAAUGGAAAAACAAAACUUGGAAAAAGUCCUUGAUGAUUCAGAUACUUCUCUGAAAGAAAUUACAUUGGAUCUAGAGUCUAGUAGCCAUGGCUCUGACAGUUCAGAAUCCAAUGACUCUCAGACUGAUCUUCUCAAGAUAAAAAACAAGAAAAAACAUCUGAAAACAAAGAAGGGAAGAAACUCUACCAUAGCAAGGCAUCAGAGAAGAGCAAGAGAUGCCAGCCAGAGGGCUGGGCUUGCGUAUUUCUUAUCCUGUCUCCAGCUGCCUGUUGUUGAAGCAAAGUUCCAGGUUUGUGAAAAAGGACAUUUAGUUCAAAGACACAAAGAAUCAAAUUCUGAUGUGACAGAUACAAGGCCAGAUAUAUCAGAUGACUGUACAUUUGAUUAUUUCAGAAGACAGUUCCCUAAUCAAGCAAAAAUACCUGGACAAGCCCCUUCUUGGCUUCUAAAAAGAUAUUUGAGCUCCCAAACUAUGAUUCGGAGGCUUAGCAAAGACCAACAAAGAUAUUUUUUAGAAACCGAUGAGAGGCCAGUCCAGGAAACAAUUCAGCCCAGAAUCAAUGAUUUGUAUGGAAACUGUGUCAAAGUGACAUCCUUGAAGAGUCCUAUGAGCAAACAAACUCCCAUUUGGACUGAGAAGACAAGGAUACCAACAGAAGAUCUCCAGUACAACUUAAAAAGCAAUAUGAAAGAAUGUCCAUCUUUCCAAAGCAAGAAGCCUGGAGUAAACUGGACAGAUGAUGAAAAAAGAAUCCACAGGGAUAAAAAAACAGCUGAAACUCAAGAAAUAUUGCAGUAUUUGCUCCCCAUCAUGAAAAUCACUAAAAAUGUGCAAACUACUCAGAGAAAACAGAUACUCAAUCCAAGAAAUCCAACAUAAGUAAGUCAAUACAAUUUUAAAAUACAAGAAACACUAAACCCAUCUACUUACAUAAAGAAAUACAGCACAUCUUGGACACCACCCAGAAAUGCCCCUUUGAUAAGCCAAAGGACUCUUAUGGUAAGCUCCUCAGAAUGGCUCCAGUCUGUGUCCCAGAAGUCAUUUGAAAGUUUGUCACCUCUCAAAGGGCCCAAGAAGAGGAAAAAACAUUCUCGAGUCAAGGCCACAAAGACUAAAUACAUGAAACCUAUCAGCAGCAAAUGGGAGACUACUCCCUCAAGUUCUGAGAAGGAUGCAGACAAGAGUCUGCAAACUGAAGAAUCCAACCAGCAAGACUCUAUGCAAACAGCCCCCCAUCCAACUAAAAAUAAGGGAGAGCAACCAAAAAAGAAGGAUGGACAACCCACCUUUCGUUUGAAAUUGCAAAGGGACAAAUAAUCUAGCUUUACGCUGCUUUUUGAAAACUGUGGAUGAAAGAUAACAUACGCUUACACAGUAAAAUGAAAAAGAAAAGAAAGAAAAAGAAAAGCCCUCCCGGUCCUUCUAUCCCUAUCCCACUCCCUACAUGUUCAUGUGCAUGUACUAAACUACAGAUUUUAGAUAUCCCAUCUUCUUUAGUUGGAACAUCUUUCAGAGAGCUAAAAGGGAAUCCAGAGGAAAUAUAGAAAAUUAAAAAUCACUUCGAUAUUUAUAUUUAAUUUUUGUCAAGAUGAAAAAAAAAUCUCUGAACUUUUGAUUUCUUCUGAAAUGACUUAUUCAUACAACACCAAAAGACUAAGACCUCAGAGAAGGAAUGAUAUGUACUAUCACUGACAUUAAUGUCCUUACUAGGCACUUUAAUGAAUCAGUCAACAAACAUCGUGUCUGCAGUGUGUUAGAAACCACUAGUGAUAUAAAAGACAUUCCUGGGCUUCCCUGGUGGCACAGUGGUUGAGAAUCUGCCUGCCAAUGCAGGGGACACGGGUUUGAGCCCUGGUCUGGGAAGAUCCCACAUGCUGCGUAGCAACUAGGCCCGUGAGCCACAACUACUGAGUCUGCACGUCUGGAGCCUGUGCUCCACAACAAGAGAGGCCGCAACAGUCAGAGGCCUGCGCACCGCGAUGAAGAGUGGUCCCCACUCACCGCGACUAGAGAAAGCCCUCCCACAGAAACGAAGACCCAACACAGCCAAAAAUAAAUAAAUUAAUUAAUUAAUUUAAAUAAAUAAAUAAAUAAAA